CCCCUCCUCCUCCACGCACACACACACGGAGCUCCGGGCAUUGAAACGAGGGAGCUGUAGUCCUAAAGCCAGGUACUGGUGUCCGUGUAGGAUGCUGUAGCUUUCGCCACAGAACCUGCAGGACCGUUGCGGCGUGGCCUUCAAAGGUCAGAGUGAUGCUCCUGGCGCCCCUGCUGUGAUCCCCGUCGCUGAGGUUUCCACAGAAACGAGACCACGGUGGGCAGAAAGCAGUCAGGUCGCAAAAAGAUGACGUCGCCGUCACCCACUCACAGUGACAGCAGCGGCUCCUCUAAGCAUGAGAGUAACCAGGACAGCUGGGAGAUUGUGGAGGGGCUCAGGGGGGUUCCUGCCAGCAUGCAGGAGCCUGACAGACAAGAAGGUAUCUUGCUGAAGAGGAGGAAGUGGCCCAUGAAGGGGUGGCAUAAGAGAUACUUUGUGUUGGAGAAAGGCAUCUUGAAGUAUGGAAAACGUGGAACUGAUCUCAAGAAGGGAAAGCUUCACGGCUGCAUUGACGUCGGCCUCUCCGUCAUGUCAAUCAAGAAGAAGGCCAUGUGCAUCGAUCUGGACACGGAGGAUAACAUCUAUCACCUGAAGGUGAAGUCUCCGGAGCUCUUUGAGGAGUGGGUGUCAAAGCUACGUCAUCACCGCGUGUUCCGGCAGAACGAGAUCGCCAUGUAUCCCCACGAGAGGCACCUCUUUCACCCCCACGCCUCAUCCUCCCCCUCGCUCAAUGACACCCUAAGAAAAAGGGCUACUCUCACUAAGCAGGCGUCGGUCCACCAGGCUAAGGUCAGCUCCUGGCUCCACUCCUCAGGGGACAUGGACAAGUGCUGCAAAGACUUGGAGGAAUGUGAAUCGUAUCUGCUCGAACUCAACCUGCUGCUAAAGAGCAUGGAGGUCCUCCACCGCACGUACUCUGCCCCGGCCAUUAGUGCACUACAGGCGUCAAAUUAUGACAUCCCCAAAAAAGAGAAGAGGCCAAGGAGAUGGCGAUCCAAAAACAAUGGCAAAGAAACCAAAGCCACACUACAGGUCCCGAGCUGCAUCUCCUCCCAGUCUCCUCGUCUCCACGCCUCCAACCCCAACCUCUCCACCACUGAUUCAAACACCCAGGAGGUCUGUCCCGAAUCACCAGACUCACCUACAGAUGUGUCCCGUCUUCAGGAGGACUUCUGCAGGCUGGCUAACAACAUCCACUCCACGCUGAAAUCAACUUUUAGUUCCCUAGUAGCAGAAAGAGACAGACUGAGACACACCAUCGACCUGCAGGGCCCACAGCCAGUGCAGGUCAUGGGCUUGAAGACCACCUAUGCCUCGGUGAGUGCCUCUGUGAUUCUGCGUGAUUACCACACACAUCCUCUCCAUCUAUCACCAUCCAGUUUCACUCAACUGACCUCUUCUUCUCAUCAGGAAUGUAAAGGCGGCUCCCCCUUGGUCCACCAGGUGUCCAAUGAGAGCAAAGCGUCUAUUCCAGAGUCGAUAUCAGAGUUUUUCGAUGCUCAGGAGUACCUCCUCUCCUCUUCUUCCUCUGAGGUGUCUGAUGAUGACUCGUACAUCAGUGAUGUCAGUGACAGCGUCUCCAUGGAUACCUACAGCAACGAGGGAGGCAGUGAGAGACACAACUCUGUUAGCAACGUGUUGACCCUGGCUCGUCGACGCUCCACGCUGCCCUCUCCCAGCCCAGACAGCGGCGUGAGCCUGUGGAACAUCCUGAGGAACAACAUCGGCAAGGACCUGUCCAAGGUGGCCAUGCCGGUGCAUCUCAACGAACCAAUCAACACCCUGCAAAGGCUGUGCGAGGAGUUGGAGUACAGCGAGCUGCUGGACACCGCCAAUCAGACCCAAGAUCCUUACCAGCGCAUGGUGUAUGUUGCUACAUUUGCUAUAUCUGCAUAUGCAUCCAGCUACUAUCGAGCAGGAAGUAAACCCUUCAACCCCGUCCUUGGAGAGACGUACGAGUGUGACAGACCGGAUAAAAACUUCAAGUUUAUAGCCGAACAGGUGAGUCAUCAUCCUCCUGUGUCGGCAUGUCACGCUGAUUCAAAGAACUUCACCUUUUGGCAAGAUGUGCGAUGGAAAAAUAAAUUCUGGGGCAAAUCCAUGGAAAUUGUUCCCAUGGGAACCACCCAUGUUACACUACCUGCGUUUGGGGACCACUACGAAUGGAACAAAGUGACAUCCUGCAUCCACAACAUCCUGAGCGGCCAGCGCUGGAUCGAACACUACGGAGAGAUGUCUAUCAAAAAUAUCAACAGUAACGCCUGCCAGUGUAAAAUCACAUUCGUCAAGGCAAGAACAUGGAGCUCUACAGUGAACGAGAUAGAGGGCGUGGUUACAAAUUCAAAUGGGAAAGUGGUGCACUCCAUUUUCGGAAAAUGGCACGAGUCGGUUUUUCAAGGAGACCCACCCUCAGCCACGUGUAUCUGGAGAGCAAACUCCAUGCCAGGGGACCAAGAGCAGUACUAUGGCUUCACCCAGUUUGCAGUAGAGCUAAAUGAGCUGGACUCCGCCCUGAAACCUCUGCUGCCCCCCACAGACACACGCUUCAGACCGGACCAAAGGCUGUUGGAAGAGGGGAACACAGAAGGUGCCGAGGAGCAGAAACAGAGAAUAGAGCAGCUCCAGAGGGAGAGGAGGAAAGUGCUGCAGGACAACAACAUGACACACCAGCCACGCUUUUUCAAGAAGUCUAACAACGACACGUGGAUCAGCAACAACACGUACUGGGAGCUGCGCAGGGAACCUGGAUUCACUAAAAUGGACUUUCCUGUGUUGUGGUGAUCUCUGGAUCGAACCUGACAUCUCCACUAUAGUGACACAACAACAAAUCAUUCUAGAGAAGGAAGUGUAAAACUGAACUGAGACCAGCCUUCCAAGUGUCCUGACCUGGUCAACAUGAGUCACUCCAUGUCACAGUAGCCCGACCUAAAUGGACUUCCUGCUCCGUUCGUCAGCACUGAGCAGAGCUUGUAGAACUUGUGAUGGUUUUAUCUCUGUUGUUUAUUACACAUUCUCCUUUAAGGGUACAUUUUCUCCUCUGAUUAUCAUAACUGUAAUUUACAGUGUUGGUGUAGGUUAAAGAUUCAUAUCAUAUUUGUCCUUUUGCAUCUCAGCAUUUACCAAAGUGCCUUUUUUAUUGCGGUGCCUCACUCAAUCAACUGCUGUAGCAGUUAUGCAAAAACACUUUAAUUCAGAGACUUCUAAAAAAACAAAACAAAAAAAAACUCUUUUUGGAUGACGUCGGUUUGAUAUGUGGACCUCACUGGAGAGAAAAUGAUCCGAGGGUUGGAUGUGGACUUGAUCAAAACCUGCUUGAGUAUUCCUCCAUCCAGUCUGCAUCAUGGCUGGCGGAUUUUGUUCAUGACUUAAACCAGUGGCUGAUUAGAGAUUGUAAUUAUAUUUUUUUUGCUGCCUUGUUUUAAUCAGUCAUGACUGUCAUAGGACUGUGGAUGAUGUUUAUCAAUGAGAAAAAACAGCAAUAAUACUCCAUGUUCAAAGAAGAUAAUAAACUGUACAAUGACUGGACCAGUUA